GUAGCAUGGCGACACGAUAUGCCAGUACUCGCGUGAUAGUCAUUCGCCGUGCCAAUCAACUUUCAUCAACUUUCAACCGAGCCGCCACCGAGAUCAGUCAGAACAAUGGAGGUAGCAAUUAUAGUUGCCUUUGCGUUCCUCAGCAUGUUCACAUUAUGCGAGGAGACGUAUGCAUUUCCCGACGAUGCGAAAGCGAUGGAAAAGAUAAAGGAGCCUAAAGAUAUCAAAGAAGCAGCGACUGCGUCGAAAGACGUAAAGGAUGCCAUCAAGGCGGCCAAGGAGGCGAAGAAAAAUAAGAAGGAUUGCGCGCGAGAUUGCGGGACUGACUACGAUCCUGUUUGCGUACAUGAUCCUGCCGAUUCCAGCUUCAAGCCGAGAACCUUCGGCACAUCAUGCGCUCUGGACGUUCACAACUGCGAGAUGGGCACGAAAUUGGUCGUGAAGAGCAAAGGCGAGUGCCCUGGAUCCAGCGGAGUAAGACUGUCCUAGGUAAUCACUGGAUUCUGGAUAAACACCAAGAAACCAAGCAAAGUAGAUUACUAACCGUCAAGCUAACCGUUAGAUUACUAACGUGAAUUUUGUUUAGUUUUCCUAAUAAAAAAAUAAUGUAAUGUAAUGCAAUGCAACUCUUUUCUUAACGACGAGAGAAUAAAGAUAAAGAUGUGCAAAAAAUUCUAAUUAUUAACUAAAUAUAAAAAUACGUAAGAAAAGUCUGAUGAUAAAAUUGGCCGCUAAAUUAUAUACGCUACGCACAAAUAUUCAAUGUAAAGCCGAAGUGUAUCUGUCUAAUAAAUAUUAAUGAGCAACUA